UCAAGUUAUUCUAUAUUACCAGUACUCUAUCUGAUUAUUAUCAGUUGUCACCAGUUAAUUAGUAAAUUACUUUUGUAUGAUUUAAAAAUGGUGUUACAAAAAGCCAAUACGGAUUUAUUUGUUGUAUUUAUCAUUGUCACAGCAUAUACCUCAGUCGAGCUGUAUGUUCUAGAAAAUAAGGCGCUUGGAAAGCAGGCCUUUAUGUCAAGCACAGGUGGUGAUAAAGUAGCGGAUAGAGCUGUUGAUGGAGAUGUGUCACAAGAUUCAGCGGAUAACUCUUGUUUCCUCACAAAAAAUGAAACCAAUGCUUACUGGGAGGUGGACUUGGGAGACAAAAUGUUCAUUGAUCACGUCACCUUAUACUCAAGAAAAAACGUUAAUGAUUCAUUGUCUGCAAGACGACUUCGAGAUAUUGAAUUGUACAUUGGUCCCAGCAGAAACGAAUACACACUGUACGGAUUUUAUGAAGGAACUCUUCCAAAAGGUAUCAUUCAUACAUUCAAUCUGACCAACACAGUGUUUGGACAAUGGGUUAGAAUUACAAGAUCUGAGUCGGUAGUUGAAAGAUUUGAACUUUGUGAGGUUGAGGUAUAUGCAUACCCUUCCGCAUGUCACUACAGAUUGGACAAAGGACGCGCAGGUGUCAAUGCAUUGAACACAGAUCCAAGCCCGUCUCUAUCCGUCGUCCAAUGCGCCGUGAAAUGCUGCAAAAUGUACGGCUGUUAUGGAGCAACAUUUCAUGAAGACACACACAUGUGCGAAUAUCUGACAUCGGACACUGGUGUUGAGGCAGACAACUCAUUGAUGUUGAUUCCACUUGGAUAACCUUAUUUUCCAAUUACACGAGUAUGCUUUGGAAAACCUAAAUACAAAUGUACAUUUAGUUUAAAAGAAGCUACAUUAGUUAUUUGAACUUAAUGAUUGACAAAUUAAACCUCCUCUUAGCUUUACCUAAAUUUUGACUUUAGAAAUCUUACAUGAUUUGUUCAAGAUUGAUCACGAAACAAAACAUAUUAUAAAUAGUCGCUAUGGGUGCUUUUAAAAUUCUGCUAUGAGGACACUAGUCUUAUUUCUCAUGAGAUAUCCUUAACAAUAUCUUUUGAUUUGUCACCAAUUCUUAAUAGAAAACAUCCCCGAAAUAAUACAAAACACUUAAGCAACUAGGAAAUAACAUUUUUUAGCACCGGGUGUCUUCAUACAAAACUCGUAAUAUCUUCUCGCGUUCAUAAAUGUUUUUGAUCUUUUUUAGGAAAGACACUUGCUACUUAAGGUUCUCCGCUGUUGUAAAAGCCUAAAAACUAAAUAUGAAAUUUUAACACCGAUCAAUUUAAGCAUUUACAACGAGAAAAUAUGCAAAAGAUAAUUAUAAAAUAAUUCAGAAUUAAGUUCAAAAUUAAUUUGUUUUGUGCUAUUCAAAGUCCGAUUUGAGUUACGGGUAUUUUAUAAUGUCAUUUUGUACAUUUUGUGGAAACUGGCCUAAAGGUUAUAAAACGUUUUUUCAAGUUCUGUCUCAAAUCUCAGGGUUUUCAUUGGUCAGUGUACAUUCUGUGGCAGUUUGUGACCAAUCAAAUACAUUAGAUCUGAAUUUGACCUCAGAGAAUUGCUUUUUAACCCUGGGCCCAGCUGGUUUAAGAAAAUGAUGUAAAAUUGUGCACACAUGUUAUUGGCUCAAACCUACAUCGAUCAAGUAGUACCAAAAUCGUUAAAAGAUAUUUCUAGUUCCGCGAUGUCAAUAGAAUCUUUAGUGGUGUCCCUUUAAAGAAAAGCUUUACGUAAUACCACACACGGUGUCCGUUGCGCGUAUUCUCUGACAAUCUUGAAAGUAUUGUAAAUAGGUAUAAACAAAUUUUGUAGAUCAAUAAAAGAAAUAUAAAAAACAACGUUAUAUUGAUUUACUUGAUUGUAUCUAUGUUAUUAUGUUUUAGAUUUUGUAGAUAUUUUGACUUUUUUGCUAUUUACUAUUUGUUGUCUAGUCAGAAAUUGUAUUAUUUUAUAAAUAAAGACUAAAAUGCAUGCAUUAUUUGAAAAGAAUCUAAGCAUGAAUAUGACAUCAAUCACUGAGUACUAUUUCAGUCUUAUAAUUGUGAUAAUGCAGAUAAAAAGAUAUAAUAAUAAGUAUCUUUUAAGUUCAAUGGUGCUAGUUUGAACACCGUACCGUAAAUUCAUUUGAUUGCUUACUCGCCAGUGCUCAACAGUGCAGAAUAAUAGAAUUUUAAAUUUAUUGCAACGCAAAGUGGAUCAAAUUGUUGUUUAAAAAAUGUAUUAUAUGGUGGCUUUGGGAAUCGAUAUAUUAUAGUGUAGUCAUUUGGUUGAUAUUACAAUCUUAUGAAGUUAUGCAUGCAAGAACCUAGACAUAUAAAUCAUUUAUUAUUUUUGAGUGUGUGCAUUAACACAUUGGUAAUUUCAAGUGGCGAGUUAA